AUUCAUAUGAAGCAGAGUGCAAGGGGGAGCUUAUCAGCGUCUGUCUUGUGGUAAUUAUAACGUAUGAUUAACUGGUUAGAGUUGUAGCCCUUGAGAAAAUAGUUCAAAAAGGGUUUUUGAUGAAUUCGGCCCUACAAUUAGAUAGUUUAAUUAUUAAAAGAGAGUUCCUGGACUUAACAGAUAUUCGGUGGAUUUAGAAUUCAGUGGACAAGUGGUGAAAUGGACAUAGAGUUUCACAUCAAUGGACAAAGACACGUCGUCCCUAAUACGUAUCCAUCCACAACUACACUGAAUGACUACAUCAGAAAUGUGGCCGGACUCAAGGGCACCAAAGUCAUGUGCAAGGAGGCCGGGUGCGGGUGCUGUGCAGUCACCGUCAGCUACGCCCCUGAUGGGGACAAGAUUCAAACGAUGAGCAUCAACUCGUGUCUGUGUCCACUAUACAGUGUAGACGGAUGGCAAAUCACCACUGUAGAAGGUAUCGGGAAUCAGAAAGAUGGAUUCCAUCCUAUUCAGGAGAGGAUAGCCAAAUUUAAUGGAACACAGUGUGGCUAUUGUACACCUGGGUUUGUUAUGUCUAUGUAUGGGCUGUUACAUCAAGUACCACAACCUACACAGCAGGAAAUAGAAGAUGGAUUCGAUGGUCACGUGUGUCGAUGCACAGGUUACAGGUCAAUCCUGGAUGCCAUGAAGUCCUUCGCAGUAGAUUCCACAGGGGCGUCAACACAAUGUAUAGACAUAGAGGAUCUGAACAAAAAGCUAUGUCCUAAGACCGGUCAACCUUGCAAUGGUCAGAAAAGUGGCAAGAAAGGAUCGUGUUCUUCCAGUGGUGAUAGAACGUCCAGUCCUUUUAGUUCCCUCUCACUCGAACUGAAAGAUGGACGCUGGUAUCGACCUGUGAAUAUGAAGGAACUGGGCAAGGUCAUGCAGCAGCACAAGACCCACGACAUCAAGUGUAUUUUUGCUAACACAGCUUCAGGUAUUUUCAAACAUGAAGAGCCACAUGAAAUCUACAUUGAUCUCAGAGCAGUGAAGGAGCUGUACCUGUACAGUGAAUCUAAACAAAGCGUAACAUUCGGCGCUGGCACUACACUGACAAAGCUGAAGGAAAGAUUACAGGCACUACAGACUACGCCUGGUUACCACUACUUCCCCAAGGUCAUAAGACACAUCAAGGUCAUCGGGGGCACGUUGCUAAGAAACGCUGGCAGUAUGGCGGGGAAUUUAAUGAUCAAACACGCAAACCCAGGUUUUCCAUCUGACCUCUUCACUGUUUUGGAAGCCAUUGGAGCCAAGGUUGACAUCUAUGACAGUAAGUCCAACAAAACGACAAAGUAUAGCCUCAUGGAGUUUCUCAGGAAAGUGGACAUGAAACGGAAAGUUAUUGUAAGCAUAGACAUACCUAAAUGGGAGCCUAAUGACCACUACCGAUCCUUUAAGAUCACGCCACGGUGGCAGAAUGCACAUGCCUACAUAAACGCAGCCUUCAAGAUAACUGUGGUAGAUAGGAAGAUACAUGGAAAACCAAAUUUUGUUGUUGGUGGAAUCAGUGCUAAUGUGGUUCACGCCAUUAAGGCUGAGGAGUUUAUUGCUAACAAGACUCUGUCUGAUGAAGUCAUCAAUGAGACGUUAAAGAUAAUGUAUGCCGAAUUAGAUCCAGUAGAAGAGUCUUUGAUAGCUUCACAGAAAUACAGGAGGGAGUUGUCUGUCAAUUUAUUAUACAAGACUUUGUUGGAAGUGUACAAGCCUAGUAAGUAUACUUUACAAUCAGGGGCAGUGAGCUUGGAAAGACCACUCUCUUCUGGUUUACAAACAUACAAAGAGAGAAAAGAAGACUUUCCACUGAGGCAACCUCUGCCCAAGAAAACAGCACCACUGCAGGCUUCCGGUGAAGCAGUGUAUGUUAAUGACAUGCCAAUAUUCCAACAUGAGCUACAAGCUGCACUGGUCAUCUCAGAUGUUGCUGUUGGCAAGAUACAUAAAGUGGACACAACAUCAGCUCUGAAAAUACCUGGUGUGGUUAAGUAUAUUGGUGCAGCUGAUCUACCUAGAGAUGGUGUCAACAAUUACAUUCCAAAAUUUUUCAUGUUUCCUGGAUGGGAAGAGGAGCUGUUUGCAACUAAAGAUGUGGAAUAUGCUGGUCAAGCCAUUGGAAUUAUCUUGGCAGAGACACAAGCUCUAGCUGAAGAAGCUGCAAGAAAGGUCAAGGUUACUUUUGGUGAUGUCCAAAGACCUGUGCUAGAACUGGAAGAUGCCAUUGAAAGAAAUACUAUAUUUGCUCCUGCGACUGCUGAAAAAUUGAUUGGAGAUGCAGAAGGUGCUAUGCAAUUGGCUGACGUCAAAGUGGAAGGUACGGUAAAAGAAGGGACGCAAUAUCAUUUCUAUAUUGAAAACCAGGUAGCCUUGAGUGUUCCAACAGAAGAUGGUAUGGACAUUUACUGCGCCACUCAGUGUGCAGAUGUUGUACAGAGAUCCGUGGCUCAAGUUUUAGGAAAACCAAUGAAUUAUUUUAAUGUAACAGUCCCAAGACUUGGUGGAGCUUUUGGUGGUAAGAUAGUUCAUACCUGUGCCAUUGGUGCAGCAACUGCUCUUGGGUCAGAGGUAACAGGAAGGCCUGUUCGACUUAAUAUCAACUUGUCCACCAACAUGAAAUUCAACAGUAAACGCUUUCCUAUACUUGCCAAGUACAAGGCUGGUUGUGACCGUAGUGGUAAACUUAAAGCCAUCAUACUAGACAUCUAUGUUGAUGCUGGUAUUCGACCAACGCCUAUGGUGUUUGACUUUAUUCCUCUACUUGACCAAGGUUAUUUCUGUCCAAACUGGAAGAUUCGACUUAUGCAAAUGAGAACAAACAAACCUGUAGGUGCAGCCACAAGAGGCCCAGGUUCUGUGCCUGCAUCUUUGAUCAUGGAGACCAUCAUGGAACAUCUAGCUAAAGAAUUAGGUCAGCACCCGAUCCUGUUUAAAGAAAUCAAUGUCUAUGAGAAAGGGCAGACUGAUGUAGAAGGGAUUGAACUAACAACUUGCACAUUGAAAGAAAUCUGGACAAGACUGAAGCAAGUAGCAGAAGUGCCAAUUAGGAUGGAGGAUGUACAAAGAUAUAAUAAGAAUAACUUGUGGCGUAAAAGGGGCAUAACUAUGUGCGCAGUGAAAUAUGCCAUGCAGUGGUUUCCCCCUAGUUUCCCAACUCAUGUAUCGGUAUUUUCUGGAGAUGGCACUGUGACUGUCUUAACCUCUGGUGUGGAAAUGGGUCAAGGUCUUUACAUGAAGGUGGCCCAAGCUGUGGCUCAUACAUUAAAGGUUCCUCUUGAUUCUGUCAAAGUCAGACCCAACCAGAACAAUGUGACGCCAAACUCUUGGAUGACUGGAGGAAGCACUGCUAGUGAACGCAGUGUCGCAGGUGCCAUUGGAGCAUGUAAUAUUCUCAAUGAUCGCCUGGCUCCCCUGCGGGAAAAAAUGCCAGAUGCUGAUUGGAAAGGUUUGGUCGGAGCUGCAUUCAUGAGUAGCAUUGACCUUCAAGCAACAAGCAGUCACUUUAACAAUGGACCUAUCACUGUCUACUUCACAUACAUGACUGGGGUGGUAGAGACAGAAGUGGAUGUGCUGACUGGGGAACAUCAAGUCCGACGUGUGGACAUCAUGGCAGACUUUGGAGAGAGCAUGAACCCAACAGUGGACAUUGGUCAGAUAGAGGGAUCUUUUGUCAUGGGACUUGGAGCCUACCUGACGGAGGAAGUUCUUUAUGACAAAGUCUCUGGUGUUGUGCUUAAUGAUGGAACAUGGGAAUACAAACCACCAACAACUAAAGAUAUUCCUAUAGAUUGGAGAAUUCAUUUGUUACCUGACGCACCAAAUGCUAAUGGAAUCUUGAGUUCUAAAGCUGUUGGGGAACCACCUAUUGGGUUAGCUGUCGGAGCACUGUUAGCCAUAAAGUCUAGCUUGGAGUCUGUUAGAGAGGAACUGAAUGGACAGAAAAACUUUCUCCCUGUUGAAGCGCCAUUUACAGUAGAAAAAAUCCAACAAGCCAGUAAUAUCAAAUUAGAGCAUCUGCGAGUUGGAGCCCAAAUAUAAAUAACAUACUCAUACUAAAAUGUAUUUUAGUUCUGCACAUAUGACUUUAAACAGUAAACAUGUUUUUUUUAUUUUUGUUAAAUUUUGUACUUAUGAUCAUUUUAUAAUUUAUUUACCUUUCUUUGCCUGUAACUCAGCACUGUAAUAUUUGAAUUAUUUUGUAAUGCAAAGUAUUAUAUGUCAUUUUUUUACUGCUAGUUCCAAAUGUCAAAGACAUUGACCAAAACUACUGAACAUUGAACCUGACAUUCUUUUAAAAUGUACAUCUAACAUGACAUUCCAUUGAAACUUUUAAAAGUUUGUUUUUGUCUUUGUUAUUGAUUUCUUUAUUUUGAGAUGUUUUGUUUUUUUACAGUUCCUUCUAAUUAGCCUGCUAAUUCUUCAUGGACGGAUAUUGGAAGCUGGAAAUGUAUUUAGAAAAAAGAAAUUUAGAAAUUUAAUAGUUUAAUCUAUGGGGAAAAAAAUAGCCGCCUGAUUUGCUACACAGUGAAAACUAUGGUUAGGCUGUUAAAAUGUUUCAAAAUAUAAUCAUGUUCAAAUUAAAUGUAGGUUACUUCUUUUUUAACAUGACUUUAGUUUGAAUGACCUCUCGACUCAAAUAUUUCUGUGUAUUCAAUUAAAAUUGAAUAAAUAUGCUAUUGCAUAUUCAAAUUUUGCACACCAUCUCAUGUAGAAAUAAAAUGCUCAUUAAGUUCAGGAUUGCUUUUUUCUUUUUGCAUAUUGCAGCCAUUGACUGGUUAUUACUAUGAACAUAACAAUUAAACACAAACAUUUUUAUAGCUUGAUACACUUUUAAAAUAUUUUUUCAACCUUUAUGGUAUAUUUUUCUACACAAAAAAUACUUCUACUAUUAUUUUGCUAUUGCAGUUUUAAAAAAAAGGUUUUUGGCACUAAAAAAGAAAAAUUACAUUACAGGGUUCAGUAUAUUAUUUUUUUUAAACUAAUUUUUGAUACUUUUUGUUAACCCUUUAAAAUUAUUGUUAAGUUUCUUGUUUCUUAUGUCAACAUUUAAAAUUACAUUCUUAUAUGCAUCAGUA